AACAAACAUGCAUUGGCGGUUGAUUUUACUGCUCAAUUCUACAACAAUAAAACCUGAAUUUCCAUGAAAACCAACUGCAUGUAAUAUUUACGGAUUAUCUAAUAAAUGCUUUGCACAAUGAAAUGAAGUUAUAAAUAAAGAGGGAUUUCAUCGCUUUUUUGUCUAUAAUGGCAGGAAGGGGCAGAGGGCAGCUCACUUUCUCUGUGGAGAUUGUUGGAAUCGGUAAAGGAGAAAAUCUCCCUCCAUCCUCCGUCCAGCCGACCCCUCUAUUCCCUCCUUUGGCUCAGAAGCCGGUGCCCCUGCAGACGGGUGAGGAGGCCGAGUACAUGCUGGCACUCAAACAGGAGUUCAGAGGAGCCAUGAAGACGCUUCCCUUUUACAUCCGUCCAGCUGCACCCAAGAAAGGUCAGUUCGGCGUCAAAGAUGAGCUCUGUCACAAACACGGUUUUGCUUAUAUGGUUGCAGAAAGCCCAGCUGUUCCCAAACAACCCAAACAGCCACGAGUGGACAAAGAGGAGAUCAUACGCAAACUGGAGACUCUGGAGCAGAAAGAGGAAGACGGGAGUUCUGAUGAAGAGGAGGGAGAGAAAAAGAAGCCAGAAGAGGAAGAGGCUGAGGGAGAGGAAGGGUAUGAUGAGGAGGAAUUUGAGGAUGAAACAGAUUACAUCAUGUCCUACUUUGACAAUGGGGACGAGUUUGGAGGAGACAGUGAUGAUAACAUAGAUGAAGCCAUUUACUGAAGCAGGUGACGGCGGCUCCAUAGCGCCCUCCUCCGGCCAGUGAGUGUCGCUGGAACUGCUCUGUCCCUCAGGACCGUUCUAGCUUGGAUCAUUAUGUUUGGCAGCUGAUGUUGAAAUCUGUAUGCAGUGGAUUUCCUCUCAUCCGAUCGGUUGGCAGGGUGGCUGAUUGCUGACAAAGAGCGUUUGAAUCCGAGGGUUACGGCUGGAGGACACAGAGAAGACACUGAGGCACAAACUUCUCUCUUAAUGCAGCUAUAUGUUCUUAGAGCUUUGUAAAUAAUUAUUAGUUCACAACUGAAAUAAUAUUUUAGGAUCUUGUUUUCAGACAUGUUUUAGUACAAGCUUUAGACAGUUGUAUUUGUCUAAAUAGCUUUUAUACAUCUUAGAUUUGUGAAAAAAGACCCGUAAAUGUAGAUUGCUUAUUUUGGAUGAUAAUCACAUAAUAUUUUGUAAAGUCUCAAGUCAUGUGGUUGUAAAUAUUCAUGUUAUUGCCAUUUUAUGUAAUGAAGUCACACUGUGUCAAGACUUUGUCUCAUAGAUUGAUAGAUGGAUGAGCAGUUCUGUCAUGUGGCCUGUAGGAGGUGUGAUACUACAUUAAAGCACAAUCAUUUCGAUUUUACUGUGUUGUCCUCCACACUGUUAAUGUGUAAAUAU